CGUACGCCGGGCCCAGUUGAUGCGUCGCGCGGUAGUGAGUUCGGUCGAGGCUUGUGUUCGUGCCACACGAACUUGUUAGAAAGACCAGGUAGAGAGAAGAAAAGAAAAAGGACGCCGUCCAUCGGGCGAUCACAUUCUCUUUUUUUUGUAUUUUCCUUCUGUUUUACGUCCGUCAAUUUCUCUUUGUGGUGCUUUGCAGUGUCGCGCGUCUCCGUUACCCCGACGAAGAAGCGUGUCACACGGAAGACGCGAUCGCGAGGUGCAACAGAUCGCGCGUUUCGACGAUUCUCACCCUUCUUUUCUUCGGCUAAGAGAGAAAAGAGGGAGACGGCCAAUCACCAAUCUCUAACUGAACCGACGCAUCGCUUGCGCGCGCAAUUUCGGGCCCCGAACAGCAACAGGCAAGUUCAGGAACAGUGCGGUAAUAGUUGUAGUUUCGACACGAGGACGAGGACAACGAUUUUCCGACAGCAAAAAUCCGUGUUCAGGACUUUUGACUGAAGCAGAAGAUUGAACGAAAAUGGUGAUUUUGAACUUGGCGUCGUCGAUCGCCCAUUUCGUGAAGGUGCGACACCUGAUCGACAGGGCCAUCACCGACAACAUGGUCUUCAGAAUGCAUUACAGAACCACAGCGGCCAUGCUAAUCUUCAGCUGCCUCAUUGUCACUACCAAUAACUUGAUAGGAGAUCCCAUUAGCUGUAUGUCUGAUGGCUCGGUGGGUUCGGUGAUCAACACGUAUUGCUGGAUCACAUACACGUUCACGUUACCGGAUAACCUCGCCAAACCCGUGGGCACGCACGUGGCACACCCGGGUCUGGGCAACGAUCAAGAUGGCGAGAAGAGGUACCACUCGUAUUACCAGUGGGUGCCGUUCAUGCUUUUCUUCCAAGGUAUACUUUUCUACAUACCGCAUUGGAUGUGGAAACAGUGGGAGGAUGGGAAGAUCAGGAUAAUUACCGAGGGCAUGAGAGGCGCAAUGAUCGAGACUAAACAGGAGCGACAAGCAAAAAUUGACCGACUGGUCCAGUAUUUGAUCGAGACCUUGCAUUUGCACAACAGUUACGCCGCCGGAUACUUCUUUUGCGAGGCUCUCAACUUUGUUAAUACUAUUGGCAACAUAUUCUUCGUGGAUACCUUCCUGGGCGGUGCCUUCUUGACAUAUGGCACAGAGGUGAUCAAAUUCAGCAACAUGAAUCAGGAACAACGCUACGACCCGAUGAUCGCAAUAUUCCCUCGCGUCACCAAGUGUACUUUCCACAAGUUUGGUGCUUCCGGCACGAUCCAGAAACACGACGCUCUCUGCGUGCUCGCGCUCAACAUUCUCAAUGAGAAGAUCUACAUUCUGUUAUGGUUCUGGUUCAUCAUCUUAGCAGUUAUGUCCGGUCUGGCGAUGUUGUACAGCAUCGUCAUCGUGCUGAUGCCCAGCAUACGCGAGACGAUUAUCAGAAAGCGUUACAAAUUCGGCACCCCAGCGUCGGUUAGCGCGCUCAUCCGAAAAACACAAGUCGGUGAUUUUCUUUUGCUUUAUCUGCUGGGCCAAAACAUGAAUCUCAUGAUGUUCACCGAAGUGCUACAGGAAUACAGUCGUCGAUUGCAGUUUGGUGGCAGCAGCAGUGGCGCUUCGCCGACAUCGAUGCCGUCGGCGCCCAGCACCCUGGAAAUGCCGAUAUAUCCGGAGAUCGUUGAUAAAUACGGCAAGGAUACCGAGAAAUAUGGCAAGGACACCGAGAUCUAGACACGAGAACAAAAUGUCGAUCUAAUUUCCUUUUACUGCCCCUCAUUUUCCCGUUCUACUUUGUUUAUAUUUUAUAUUGUGAUAAUAUCGGGGACGGUUCUGCGGAUACCGUCGUCUCGGUGCCAAUAAACAAAAAGAACGGUUCGUGCUGUGUCGCCAGUCAGGUAAAAAUCACGUGUAUCUGAUGUGUUUCCACGCGUCUCUCUUGCUGCUUUGGUACUUGUGUUCGGCGUGGUUCUUCUCACCUAUUAACCGUCAACGCUCGUAAAACAUAAAAGCUCGACCUUUACGUUUUCGAGCCGGGAGUUUUCUGUUCAUUAUUCGAUCGUAAACACCAGCCGAGUUCUUUUUUUUUUAUGUUUACGUCUAAAGAAGCUUUCAAACACUUAUUCUGUAGCUUUUAACGUAUGACGUCGUGUAAUGCAUGUGCAAGCAUACAUUAACAAAAAAAUUAGAUUGUUACAAGUUACAGAAUAAGGUGGCUGUGUACGCGCAAAGACGUGGCCAAUCGAGAAGAAAGACACAAUGAUUCUCUGACUGAAGUUUUAUAUGAAAAUCUCGCUUUUCCAAUUACUUAUAUUAAGAUAUUAUAUAUAUAUUAAUUGUAUAUACGUUAUCAUGUAGUUUAAACCAACGCAAUCAACGGCGUUUAAUCAACUUCGUCAAAAUAUCAUUACUUAUCAUUAAUAUUCUCAUAUAUACAUAUAUGAGAUUAUUAUUUCAUAAUAAUCUCAUAUAUCGUCUUUCGUAAAAUCUGAGCUUAUAAACGUGAAAAACAUCGCGAGCCAACGUCAGUCCUCGUGACAUGUCAGUCUCUUUUUAUCCACAUAACGAACGUAAAUGUCGUUCGUUUUAACAGUUUUGUUUGCCGCACCCGUGCCACUGCCACUUUUUGCCGCAAGAUUUCUAUUUGCAUUAAUAAGUUCUUAGAAAUUGUUCUGCUCGAGCGGCGCGGUGGCAAUCGUAAAAAGUAGGAUUUAAGUGUUUGCAUUUCGACGUGUCUAUUCACCCGAUCAAACAAGACGAAAAGUACGCCUGAUACUUUACACACUGGCAGCAGUUGCAGCACGAACUUGUGUUAGAUUAUAUAUGAAAAAAAAAAUACCAAUAAAUAUACGCGCUGUAUUUUUUUCUCGAUGAAGCGUGUUUUCACGUGUGUCUGUUUUAUGACGAAGAUAAGAUCGCGAGAACGUCUAGCUCUUCCAUCCUAGAUAAAAAAUUGCAUGUCUUUUUUUAUUAUCAAUUCAAGUUAUUAGUAAUUAGUAAUUUACAAUUACUAAUCUCUUCUUCUUCUACAUAUCAAACUCAUAUCUCAUGGCGAUUCGAGCAAGAAUAACAGAUUAACACGUGUUUUACACGUGUGUAACGUAGGUUCGUCAAAUCUUUGGUUUAUAUCACAAAUGUAACAUUCCUUUUUUUUUCUUUGCAUUUUUGCAUUUUUGCAAGUUCUCGAGGAUAAUUGAGAAAAAGCGAAAGUUGAAAGCGCUAUAUACAACAAGACAAAUGUUUGCGCGCAAUAUUUUGCGACACUAGCUCUGCCGUGAUACGUAACAAACAAUGCACCGCAGAUUGCUCGUGUCCAAUAAGGGAGUGCGGCAAUAUUUUCGACAUCAAGAGCGAAUCAAUCUCGUGAGAGAGAGAGAGAGAGAGAGAGAGAGAUUAUCUUAUUAUUCGUGCAACGACGAAUGUCAUAUUACACGAUCUCAUCACGACGACACAAGCAUUAUAAAAAAAAAAAGACAGGAACUUCCGCUCUACAGCAAAUCUGCCUUGUUUUGUUUUUUUUUUUUUUUUGAACAAUUAUGCGAAUAUAUGUACAUGUAUAUUAUACGUAAUAUGAAUAUUGCAAGUUUUUUUUUGCGACGUGUCAAUAAUCUCGCACGCGUCGCGAUGAUAGAAGAAAGCAUUACUUAAACACGCCCGAAUAGAAGAUACAAUCUAUACUGCCUAAGUAGUCUAAUAAAUAUAGAAUAUAGGGAAUAUACAUCAAUAUGUUUCAGAAGAAUAUCAAUGCCUGUAGUAAGACUAUAAAUUUGUACAGCGAGAAAUGUUUGUGUGUUCGAGGUUAAAGUGAAUGGGAGGGGGCAAUUAAAAUUCAAAACUAUAAAAAGGAAGAAUAAGAUCUCGCGAAUAAAAAAAAAAGACAAGCACAGCGGUGUGAAUCGACCACGUUCUUUCUUUUAUGUUUAUUUCUUAGAUCACUAUAGUGGAUCUUUGUUUAAGAGAAUUGCUCAUUGACUCAAUUUGCAGCUUUCGAAAUUUAAAAAAAAAAAGAAA